GGCGGGCAGCGCAGAGCAAUCGCUUGUGUAGACGUUGCCAGGUUGGCAUUGUCGCGUGCUCGUGGUUCUCGACCGACCCAUCCAGUUUGCUGCGCCGCAAACAUCCUGAGAGGCUCAGCAGACGUAGUGCAACAGCAUUAGCCCUCAGGUAGCAGUGCUCCGCACUGCAAACACAUGUGGCGCCGGUGCCGCACGGUGCUCGCCCUCGCCUCCGCUCACGCCCUGCAGCCCACGCGACCGACGCGCCGCAUGGGCCAAACCGCGUCGUCGCUCUUCUCCACGGCGACGAGCGACGACGCGCUCGACGCGCUGCGGGCCGUCGACAGCGCGCAGCUCCUCGCCGAGGUCGCGCGGCGGAACCUGGACGCGAGUGAUGCUCGAGAAGAAAAGAAGAGCAGCCACGUCGUCGGUUCGUUAAGGGACAAGGCCGCGGACUCGGACAAACGAGAAAAGGAAUUAAGGGAAGCCCUGCAGAAGCUCGGCGUCGACGCCGAUAGUAUCGAGGGCGGGCCGCCAAAAAAGGCCUUCCAGACGUACAUAAGGCCGCGCGCGAAGGACAACGCCGUCGGCCAGACGCCCGAGAACGCCGCGCACCAGAUCGCGUUUUUACAAAGGCACGAGCUAGCUAGAAGGGCGACGCACCUGCGGAAUACCGAUUUAGCGGCACAGGCGCGCCGGGCGGCUGGUCUAAAGCCGCACCCCCUGCAUGUCGUGCUGGACAACGUCCGGUCCGCCGAGAAUGUGGGGUCUAUCUACCGCUCGGCGGACUGCGGGCGCGUCGAGGCGGUGAUUACCUGUGGGUUCACGCCGAAUCCGCUGUCCACCUCAAAACUCGCGAAGACGGCGUUCGGCGCGGAGUCCGCCGUGGGCACGCGGCACUACGAGAGCACGGCCGACGCUUUACGGGAGCUCAAGGAGCGAGGUGUCGUGGUCUGGGCGCUCGAGACGGUCGACGGCGCCGUAUCUUAUACUUCUGCUCCUUUACCACCUUUGGAAUCGCCGGGCGUGGCGCUCGUCUUCGGCAACGAGGUCACGGGCGUGGACCAGGCCCUUUUUGGUCUCGUGGACCACGUCGUGGAGAUCCCGACGCACGGGGCGAAGAACUCGAUGAACGUCGCUUGCGCCGCGACCGUCGUCAUCUGCGACGUGCUCCGGCGGUGGGGGGUUAAUGACACUUAGUC